AUGUUGCACGAGGCGUCAUUCAGCCCCUGCGAGCUUCCAUGCAACCAGUGCAGUCGCCAGCCCGUGCGCAGAGGUGAGUGCGUGUCUGGACAAAGGCUCAUUGUAGCAGCGGAAGCUUACAUGGGACACUGCGAUCCACAUAAGGCGUGCAAAACCAAGCAUCGCACAAUGCAGGAUGCAAGUGAUGUAAGGAGAGGACUGGGCUUUUGCCAGGAGCAACCGUUAUGUCUUGCCGGUUGUUGUGGCCUGUGUGAGCUUUUUUUUCUGGUGAAGUGGGGUGCCAUGUCGGUGCUUUUGACUUGA